CUUAAUUCACACACUGGCCUUGCUGGAGAACCACGCCAGGGAGCCAGACUCAGGAUACCAUUUUCUCCCCAUUUAUCAAGAACAGAUUUCCCCCCCUCUGAUGCAACCAUGCCUUACAUGCAAGACUGCAUUGAUAAAUUUGUGGAUCUCUUUGAAGAGUACUCCAGUGAGGAUAGUGACUGUUUGAACAGGGAUCAGUUUAAGGCCCUGGUGAGCGACGAAAUAAAUUCCCCUGAUUAUAAAGGAAAACUUGAGCUAUGCGACGUCGAUGAGGUCUUUGAUGAGCUGGAUAAGAACAACGAUGGCGAGCUCACCUUCCAGGAGUACAUCAGUUGCAUGGCAAAAAUGAUUAGAUGCCAUCGCAAAAAGGCUGGCAGGAAGGGUCGCAAGGGAGGCGGUGGUGGUAGAUGGGGCGGUAGAAAAGGGGGUAAAGGACGAGGCAGUGAGAGCGACGAUGAAGAUCAUGGUGGUGGCCCGGGUGGCAAAGGUGGACGAGGAAGGCACAGUGAUGAUGAUGCAGAAGAAUCCAGCACUGGCAGGGGCAACAAAGGGGGUGGCGGCAGGGGUUCUAGGGGGGGUGGCAAGGCCGGCAGGGGCGGUUUUGAUGAAUGAUAUACCAUUAAUUCAUUCGUGCUUUUCCUUCAGUUUUUGAGCAUUGUUAAUGCAAGUAAA